CUUCUCUCGGGGCCUUCUGAAGGGGCUUGUUCAUUUCAGCGCCCACGGAUCAGAACCUACGGGUGUGGUGUCGCUUUCCUAGGUGGAGGGGCGGCCCCUUGGGGUUUGCUUCCUGGAGCAGCCUCCUGGGACGUCAGUCCUGGAGGAGGCGAGGGCUGCUCCAGUUGUUGAAAUGACUAUGAACAAGUCAGAGAACUUUUUCUUUACUGGCUCUUCAUUAGCGUCACAAGUUCAUGCUGCUGCGGUAAAUGGAGAUAAGGGUACGCUUCAAAGGCUCAUCAUAGGAAACCCUGCUCUUAAAGACAAAGAAGACCAGUUUGGGCGGACACCACUUAUGUACUGUGUGCUGGCCGACAGAUUGGACUGUGCUGAUGCUCUCCUAAAGGCAGGAGCAGAUGUCAAUAAAACUGACCACAGCCAGAGAACGGCCCUCCACCUCGCAGCUCAAAAGGGAAAUUAUCGUUUCAUGAAACUCUUACUCACACGUAGAGCAAACUGGAUGCAAAAGGACCUAGAAGAGAUGACGCCUUUGCACUUGACCACCCGGCACAAGAGCCCUAAGUGUUUGACACUGCUGCUGAAGUUUAUGGCACCAGGCGAAGUGGAUACACAGGAUAAAAACAAGCAAACAGCUCUGCACUGGAGCGCCUACUACAACAAUCCUGAGCACGUGAAGCUGCUGAUCAAGCAUGAUUCCAACAUUGGGAUCCCUGACGUUGAAGGCAAGAUCCCACUGCACUGGGCAGCCAACCAUAAGGAUCCGAGUGCUGUGCACACAGUGAGGUGCAUUCUGGAUGCUGCUCCCACUGAGUCUUUACUGAACUGGCAGGACUAUGAGGGUCGCACACCGCUUCACUUCGCAGUUGCCGAUGGGAAUGUGACAGUGGUUGAUGUCUUAACCUCCUACGAAAGCUGCAACAUAACAUCUUAUGAUAACUUAUUUCGAACCCCGCUUCACUGGGCAGCUUUGCUAGGCCACGCACAGAUUGUCCAUCUCCUUUUAGAAAGAAAUAAGUCUGGAACUAUCCCGUCUGACAGCCAAGGGGCAACACCCUUGCACUACGCAGCUCAGAGUAACUUUGCAGAAACAGUUAAAGUAUUUUUAAAACAUCCUUCAGUGAAAGAUGAUUCAGACCUGGAAGGAAGAACAUCCUUUAUGUGGGCAGCAGGCAAAGGCAGCGAUGAGGUCCUUAGAACUAUGCUGAGUUUCAAGUCUGACAUUGAUAUUAACAUGGCAGACAAAUAUGGAGGCACAGCUUUGCAUGCUGCUGCCCUUUCCGGCCACGUCAGCACUGUGAAGUUAUUAUUGGAAAAUGAUGCUCAAGUAGAUGCUACUGAUGUCAUGAAACAUACUCCACUUUUUCGAGCUUGUGAGAUGGGACACAAAGAUGUGAUUCAGACACUUAUUAAAGGUGGAGCAAGAGUAGAUCUAGUUGACCAAGACGGACACUCACUUCUACACUGGGCAGCCCUGGGAGGAAAUGCUGAUGUUUGCCAGAUUUUGAUAGAAAAUAAAAUCAAUCCAAAUGUACAAGAUUAUGCAGGAAGAACCCCUCUGCAGUGUGCUGCAUAUGGGGGAUAUAUCAACUGCAUGGCUGUGCUCAUGGAAAAUAAUGCAGACCCUAACAUUCAAGACAAAGAGGGAAGAACAGCUCUGCACUGGUCCUGUAACAACGGAUACCUUGAUGCCAUUAAACUGUUGCUAGACUUUGCUGCUUUUCCUAAUCAGAUGGAAAACAAUGAAGAAAGGUACACACCCCUGGACUAUGCUCUGCUUGGUGAGCGCCAUGAAGUGAUCCAGUUCAUGUUGGAGCGCGGUGCCCUCUCUAUCGCAGCCAUACAAGACAUUGCUGCCUUCAAAAUCCAAGCUGUCUACAAAGGGUACAAGGUCAGGAAAGCUUUCCGAGACCGGAAGAACCUGCUAAUGAAGCAUGAGCAGUUGAGAAAAGAUGCUGCCGCCAAGAGACAAAGACCAAAAAAUCCGAACAUGGUUAGCACAGGUGCAAUUGUUUUUGAAUAUUUUCAAUCGUUGCCCAUGUUAGUUUUGGACAGUAACUAUUCUUCCCUUUUGUCUCACCAAGAAACAUGCAAGGAACACUCUAAAAGCCACUCUGUCUGUGUCCACAUCAGACCUGAUGAAGGCAGUGGUGGAGACUGGUGUUCCAGAGUCUCCUCCGUGGAGAAGUCCAGAGGUGAGACAGCAGCAGAGCAUCGGUGUGAGAAGGGGAAAAGGACGUCGAAGCUGCCCUCUGCUGUCAGGGGUGCAAGGCCUGAUGACAAAGGAGAGGACCCCAGCCGUGGGGCUGCAAGCCUUCCACCACAGGAUAAGCACUGGAAGCCCAGUAGACAGCACGACUCAGCACCCAAGGCCAGAAGUGGCCCACAGAAAAGGCGCACUCAGGAGCUACGAGGAAGGUGCUCCCCAGCUGGCUCAAGCCGGCCUGGCAGUGCCAGGGGGGAGGUGGCCCAUGCUGGGCAGAAUCCUCUCCACCACCGCACACCAAGAAGCAAAGUGACACCAGGCAAGCUCGAAGGAGGAACCUAUUCAGGUUUUCCAGAGAGCACAAAGGAAGUGAGGUCAGGAGCCAGGAAGCUGGGGCCAUCUACCCUAGCUGAGAACAUUCAGGUGUCUAAGGAGACUGAUCCAGCACCUGGACUCCUCUCUGGGCAGAGUGUGAAUAUUGACCUUCUCCCUGUAGAGCUCCGGCUGCAGAUUAUCCACAGAGAAAGAAGUAGGAAAGAUCUGUUUCGGAAAAAGAACAAAGCAGCAACUGUCAUCCAGUGUGCCUGGCGAAGCUAUCAGCUCAGGAAGCACCUGUCCCACCUUCUGCGCCAGAAGAAGCUUGGAGUGGCAGACACAGACAGAUGGGAGCGAGAGUGCACGGCACUGCUCCUCCAGAUUUGGAGGAAGGAACUGGCACUUAUGCUCCCAAAGACCACUGCAGUGAGCAGGACUCCCAGGAGUCCAUCCAAGGGCAUUGCAGGAACCAAGUCCACCAAGCACUCAGUGCUCAAGCACAUCUAUGGUUUGCCGAUGGUCUUUUUCAGUAAGUGUCACAGGUUCAAAGUCAUGCCCGUGACUACUCUUCGUUGCAUUCGGCUAAAGCGGGAAGAAGAAAAUAAGCGGAAAGAGGCAGAGCAGCAGAAAGGAUGGUUGAGCCCAAGUUCCCAUAGACCACAAGCCUUUCCCUGUCUUCUCCGUCCCCAUGAUGAGACCAGCAGGCAGAACAGGGACCCAAGAAGCCAGCCAUCUGCAAGCCACACAGUUCAGGGUCCUGAGCCAAGCAACGACAGGUCCCCAGGCAAAGCCCCCCACCAGGAGCAGAACAGCUCCUCAGACCUGCAGGGGACAGCCUCUAGGAAACCUCACGCUGUGCUACAUCUCAAUUCAGUGAGCAACUUGCAGUACAUACAUCUCCUUGAGAACAGUGGAAGAUCAAAGAACUUUUCUUAUAAUCUGCAAUCAACUACUCAAUCAAAAAGCAAACCAAAGCUUUGACUGCCAUAGAAGACUGGAAUAACCAGUGCAGAGCUGAUUCUUUGUGGAUUGUCUUUUACAUCUUGGAAAAACUUUAGCAUCAUGGCCAAGACUUUUAUUACCCUGAAAAUGUGGUAACAACUCAAAGAAUAUACCCAGCUGUUUAC